AGAAGGACUGGGAAAAACCAAUAUAUUAAGGAAAGUCGUCAGCAAGUAUCAUUGUAUUGUUCACCCACACCACCACCACCAUGUCCAGCUACCAUCAUUGCUCUCUCCUGGUCCUUGUCCUGGCGGUCGCUGUUACUGGUUCCGAAGACUGGAGCUACGAAGAUGGAGCCAAUGGUCCCGAGCACUGGGCUGACCACUAUCCAGAGUGUGGAGGCAGCAGUCAAUCGCCCAUCAAUAUUUUCACCUGGCUCGCCGUGGGGGACGAACCAUGGCCCCGAAUUCAAUUCCAUAACUACGACUCCAUUCCACUCACCAUGACCAUCACCAACAACGGUCACUCAGCUCAGGUUUCCUCUCCAGAAUUAGCAGCUUCUAUUAGUGGAGGAAGUUUAGGUGGAGAAUACGUCUUUUCGCAGUUCCACUUCCACUGGGGUAGCGACGAUGCUGUGGGAGGAUCAGAACAUACCAUAAACUCUGUGAGAUACGCCAAUGAGCUUCACUUGGUCCACUAUAAGAGUGAGUACGGGAGCAUAGACGAGGCUCUCAACCAUCCCGACGGAGUGGCAGUGUUGGGAGUCUUGCUACAGCUGAGUGACGCUGACAAUGUCCUGCUGGACAACAUUGUGCAAGGGUUGGCAAGCAUCAAGGAACCAGGCAGUACGGCCACCAUCACCAGCUUCCCGCUAAUAAACAUCAUCCCCCGGGAGACCAGAGAGUUCUAUCGCUACCAGGGCUCGCUAACCACACCGGGGUGUAACGAAGUCGUUACCUGGACCGUCUUCGCUAAUCCAAUCACCGUCUCCAGCGUUCAGAUGGAUGCGUUUAGGAGUAUAGAUUUUGAAAACGGAGCGCCAAUGAUGGACAAUUACAGACCACUGCAGCCACUGAAUGAUCGUAAGGUCUUCAAAGGCGUACAGGACUAACUAUAAAUUAAUCUUCUCAAAGUACAGGAAGUAGAUAGGAGCACAAUGAUUGGUCGUGAGUGUAGAAGCAAGAAGAUAUAGAGAGGGAUAAGACCUUCUUUACGACCACUCUUAUGAAAGAAACAAGAAGACAGACAUCACAAGACCUUCUUUACCAGCCUAUCCCCGUCUUUCCUGCACAUCUCUUGACAUGUAAUAAAAUUACGAUACUUCUUUGAAAGGCUGAAAGGUGUGACGAGAUGCUGUAAGAUGAUUUAAGAUGUUUAUGAAGCUUGUGAGAUUUUAGAAGUUUAAGAUGCUUGUAAGAUUUAAGAUGUUUAUGAUCUAAUAUAAUAUAGAUGUCUCAAGAUGUCAUGAAACCACAAGAUGUCAUUAGAAGUCUUGGAAUAUCACAUUAUAUCCUAGUAUGAUUUAAUAUGGCUUAAGAUAUGCUUUAAUAUACAUUAAGAUAACCGCUGGGUAUUAUGUAUAUUUUCAGUGAACUCUGGAUUGUAUAUAUUAAAUAUUUGGUUCACAUAAUAAAUUAUUAAUUAAA